CAUUUGCUAUUGUACCUGGUUCACUCUGCAAAGUCUGUGACCUUUUGUCCAGACUUGAUGGAAGGAAAACACUUUGAAAUCCAUUGUCUAUGUUGAAGUGACCAGCGUCAGUUAUAUUUCAAAUUUAGUACGACUGAAACUUCAUCCUUGUCAGCACCAAAUAUUGUAUUUUUUAGCAGUGAACCUAUUCUGUAGUAAAAUAUUCGUAGUUUUAAUCAAUAUAUUCUGUUCGACUGAAGAAUUGUAUCAAACUACUGCGGAAGAUAUGGGUACGUCAAGCGAUGCUAAACUUCCUCUUUUUGAAAACACUUAUGACCGUAUCGAGUCACCGCAGUACAUUUCCUUUGCUGAUAGCAUCCCGGAGGCAAAGGAUUCAUUUUUUGAUCGCAGAAAUCAAGAUCUUUCAGCGAAGCUGCUGGAUAACAAACAUUAUCAGACACUGCCCAAUGACGUUUCGAACGAUUUUGUAAGACCGCUAGAAACCCUAGGGCUGAGAGACCCCACCAAAAAACAAGAGAACAUCAUCACAAGCACCCCGUUUCGCAUUGAAGGUGUCGAGCCUCUACCAUGGAGGGUGAACACCAAGCCUCAGGCUGUUCCAAGUCUCGAAAACAAACCCAGUAUGAAGUUCCAACCCUUUAGCUUUGAAGAGCGCAACAAGCAGAUUCAGCAGCGCAAAAUGGAACGUCUAAAGAUGGUGCUGCAAGCAGAAAAGGAUGCGCGGAAAUUUCGAGCUAACCCAGUUCCAAAAUUCUUGCAAAAAGUAUCGAUUAACAGCAAUACAGCCACGAGGACCAUGGAUUCCACGUCGCAACAUAAAUGUGUCGCAGAAAAGUCGGAUUCAGCACCUCCAAGGUUCAGAGCAAGAUCACCGAAGGUGCUGCGGAGGCCUCCUUUCAUGCCGGUAGUGCCAAGGCAACCUUUGAUGCUUCCGCCAACGCCUAUGCUCAAUUCCGAACAAAGAGCCAAAGAAAGAAAGAUAUUUGACAAUUAUUUGAAGAAUAAAGAGCAGUUAGAAACAGAGCUAAGACAAUUGAGGGAAGCUGCGCGGAAGAGGCGGGAGGAAGAAGAGAUCGUAAAAAUGAGGAAGAAAAUGGUACCAAAGGCUCAGCCGAUUCGAUGUUUCAAAAGUGUACAAAUGGCUCAGGUAGCUAAGCGUCCUCUGACCGAUCCGAUCACUCCAACCAUAAUUAAGCGACAGCGACGCUAACUGUUUGCAUAAUAUAUAAUAAUAAUAAAUAUUACGUCAAUCUCGGGUCAACUCUUUACAGCAGUGAAAUUAAGGUUUUGUUGUACGAAUCACCGACCUUCUUUCUAACAUUCUUUUUUGGCAACCCGUUAACCACGGAUAUCUUCAAGGAUAUCAGCGAUAACUUGUGAUACGGUUGUCAUUUUUUAAUAAUAAUGCACAACAAAGUAGGACAUUUGAGGGUAACCAGUUUUAUUGUCGUUCAACCUGUUUUCAAUAAAGUCCUUCAAUGUAUUGACUGCUAUUUAAUUGCGAGUAGAUGAUUUUAUAAACGGAAUGACAAAUACUGAAUUUAUACUAAUAAUACAUAUCAUAAUACUGUUCACCUUCGGUCUGAGUUCGCUUUUUUGUGUUCCGACUAGGUAAUCAAGAUGUAGGUAGUAGACAUAUUAUCAAAAAGUUUCACAUUAAAUAAUUCUUCCACUGAUCUUUGCUUCGAUUGCGGACUUUCAUUAUUACGUAAAUUUCCAAAACUGAUAAACAUAUACUUAUCUAACAAUAAAAACGUCUAUGUAUAAAUGAAUAAUAUAAACUAGCUGCAUAAAAAUAAUUACGAAAUAAAAUAAACUCGAUUCUAUUUGAGCUGCUCAGAGAGUCGGUACCUAUAAUAUCUAAGCAAUGAAAUAUACCUGCCAAAAUAUCCUGUGUCAUGAUAUUAUUACUAAUAAUACUUUGAGGACCAUUGGAGUAAAAAUUAAGAAACAAAACGAUCAACAGCGUGAAAAAAUGAGGCGCCGAUGCAUCAUGUCUAAACUAAAAAGUCUGAUAUGUAUGAGAUGCAUAUAAUAGUUUGAAUUAACAUGGCUUUAUCGUCAUGAUAUUUUCUUAAUACACGG